UGCACCGAUUGGCUCCGUCGACGAUUUCUUGAUCCCCAGACGCAGUUGGAAUGCCAGGGAGCCUUCACGACACAUCGAUUGCCUACCGCUCCCCAUCGACCAGAUCAUUGGGUACGAAGAGAGAGAAAUGUGUACUGAUGGUAACGAGCCGGGGCUCUGUGCCAUUGUGGUGCGCGAAAUGCAGGCGAAGCACAUGGACGUCUGGGGCUUCGAGGAUAUCGCCUUCAACUUCGUGCUGACCGACGACGGUCAAGUGUUUGAGGGCCGCGGCUGGUGCGUGCAGGGCAGGCAUAAAGGUGGAGGUCACUUAUUUGAAAACGUAUCCAUCACCGUGGGGCUGCUGACGGACUGGUGGUACCCGUGGUACGAGGGGGACGGCCCCAAAAAGCUCGUCGCUUUGGGCCAACGCUUGGGCGCACUGCGGCGGGAGGUUACUUUUCAGACUUUUCGGAUACCCUGGCCGGAGACCUGAAAAAGGUCCCCCGGCCGACUCGGGCGCGCGGGCCGGGCCGACGUCCGCGCACGGCUGCUGGGCGGGCUGGCCCACCCGCCGCGCUGCAGGCGCCGUCACCUUGGGCUGUGCGAUAUCCAGAUUUUGAUUUCGCAAUACGAUAUCGACCAAAUAUCGAACAUCGACUCGAUGAGUCGAGUCACGAUAAUAUCGAGUGAUAUCGCAAUAUCGAACCAUAUCGCGAAACGAUGUGUUUAAAAAUGGGCGAUACAUCGCGAUAUAUUGUAGUAUCAAGCAGCCUUGAUAUUUCGAUAUCGGACACAUCGUAUCGAUGUAGAAAGAUCGAGAUAUCGCACAGCCCUACCGUCCUUAUCACUGCCGGCGCGAGAGUCGCUGCGCGGAGCCCUGGUCCGCGCCGCACUGCGCCCGCGGCGUGUCGCCGGCAGUGUUCUGAUAAGCUGCCCCCAGAGACGAUCGUGUGAGUGCGCGCGCGUCACUGUUGGCGAGUUUCCUUCUCCCUCACCGACCGCCGAGGAGGGUCGAGUUACCCUAGUCAUCGCUGGCGUUCUUUUGUUGACCUGGACCACGACCGCCGUUGUGUCCACGCGGCGGACUAACUUGUUGCGUAAAAUGUGGCCAUGCUGCCCCCGCCGUCCGCACCGCUCCGACCGGAGCCGGGCGGCAGCCUCGCCCUCCGCGGACAGCUGCUCGGCGACGGCCUCGUCGAGCGCUGCGAUGGGGCCGCGGACAGCGACGACACCUGGAGCAGCAGCAGCGCAGACAGCGGCGGCGAGGUGUCCGAGGCCGGGCCCAUCCAGGCCCUGGCGACGACGCCCAUGUCGUUCGGGGACAUCGCGGUGGAGAACUCCUCGGAGGUGUACAUCGGCACCACGCACAUCCACAUGGCCCCUGGCAGCCACGUCACGGUGGCGUACGCGAACGGCAGACACGCCGCCCUGGCGACCGCCGACCACGACCGACACCUCCCCGCCAUCGUGCUGCCGCCCAUCGUCCAGGACCUGCACCUCCCCGCCCUGCAGCCGGCGCCCGGCGACGACCUGCACGUCCCCAACGUGCCGCCGUCUGGCGUCCAGGACUUGCACCUCCCCGACGAGCAGCAGCAACAGGACGGCUCCGUGAGCGCUGCUGCCAUCCCAAAGACGCACGGGUGGCUACUUGUAAAAAAUUCGUGUGCGGGUGCGCCUCGGAUGAGAAUUGCGGCGAUCGGUUGUGCGGUUCUGCUUCUCGUAACAGUCCUGUGCACCACUGUCGUCUUCGUCACUCAACCACCUGAAGAUGAAGGGCACGACACCUCAACAAUCGUGGAGGACUCGACUCAAACCCCGAGCCCAAGCCCAAGUCCAAGCCCAAGCCCCAGCCCGAGCCCGAGCCCAAGUCCAAGCCCGACCCCGAGCCCAAGCCCAAGUCCAAGCCCGACCCCGAGCCCAAGCCCAAGUCCAAGUCCAAGCCCAAGCGCGAGCCCAAGCCCAAGCCCGAGCCCGAGCCCAAGCCCAAGCCCGAGGCCCCCAAGCCCCAGGCCGGACCCCUGCCCGACGCCCAGCCCUGGACCGAGCACGGAGGCCCCACUCCCUUCCCUCCCCGUCUCCAGGACCGAGUGGGGGGCGAGGGAACCUGCGGGACACAUCGCUUGCCUGGCGCUCCCCGUCGGCCUGGUCGUGGGACACUACACCGAUGCGGUGUGCGACGAUGAGGAUACGUGCUCCAGACUGAUGCGCGAGCUCCAGGCGGACGCCAUCGACGCCAAGGGCUUCGAGGACAUCGCCUACAACUUCCUGGUGGGCGGCGACCAGGAGGUGUACGAGGCGCGCGGCUGGUCCGUGGAGCCCAGGCACGGCCGCGACCAGUCCUCCCUGGCGGGGACGGCGGCCGUAUCCGUGGCGAUGGCCAAAGAGUUCGAGGACGACGCCUUCGAGUGGGACCAGUACUACCCGUGGUACGAGCGGGGGGGCGUGGAGGAGCUCGUCGCCCUGGGCAAGCGCCUCGGCGCCCUCCGGCAAAACGUGUCGUUCCGCAUGGGGUCGUUCGACAAGGUGACGAGAUGAGGCCGCCAGAAUCGGAGUUGCGAAGUAUCUGGACCGCCGAGUAUUAGGCAUUAUUGUCUACAGAGAUUUAGCGCCCCAGCGACCUGCACCCACGCUCAGACGCGGGAGGACCGACGCAUUGUCUUAGGUUUGCAAAAACGGUUAACUUAAUUUGAAUUUGCGCGGGGUUCGAAAGCCGCUUCCGACUCUUCCUCCAGUGCUCCAGUGUUACGGGGGCGACGACGGCGUCAUCAACCCGGCACACACACUCCGGUGAACCUUGGCAAACACGGCGUCAGCGGGCGUCAGCGGGCGUCAGUCGAUCCAUCAUAGUGUCAUACCGCGGGACCGACGAACGACGGAGGACGGGGACCGUGGCGGCAGCGGAGAGGAAGGAGUCCUCGUGCGGUCUCUGCAGAGCCGUGGUGAUGAUGAUAACCGACUCAAUAAAGUGAUGAGGCGACUCUCUGCCCAAACAUGA